AUGAGGCGCUCGCUCAGGCUGCUGUUAGAGCGCGAGUGGCGGCGUCUGUACACCCAGGAGCUGCAGCGUUUGAGCCAAACGGGAGGCCACGACCCGAGGCCUCAGCUGCAAGAGGCCCAAGCAACAGGGAAGACGGUCAGGAUCAUGACAAGGGAGAACGGAGGGUACUGGAUGAUGCAGUGCGACACAAAGAGCGAAAAGUUAUACGUGGAACAUUUAGGGCUACGAAAAAGUCGAACCGAGAGUUUUCGGGACAGAGAUGACGUGAAACCCUCUAACAAAGCCUCCGCUCUCGAAGUCGACCAUUUCCACUUCGACAUCGAGUGGAACUACAGGCCCGUAAGCGCCUCGACGGACGAAGCUCGCACCUCCAGCGGGACCCCCGGCACCUCUCAGGAGACGUCGGGGCCCUCAGACAUACCGUCGGGGCCCUCGGACAUCCAUUCGGGGCCCGGAAAUGGGACUUCAGACGGCCAGGAUGAAGGAUCGAACGGACUGGCGCUUGGCAUGGAAAUUGGCAAGGGCAGGACGGCCGGGAGGACGCGGAGGACGCAGCAGGAGGCGAGUCCGGCGGGGAACGGGUCGUCGUCGGAUAGUUUCCCGGACUGGAUGAGACCGAGGAGGUUCCUACAGAAGCCAAAAUUUGCUGGCCGAAAGGGCAUGGUUGGCGAGCCCUACGUAGCAUCCCUGGGCCCCAACCCUUCUCCACGCUAUAUCCACAUCAUAAGACCCACAAACAGCUGUCGAGAGGUGUGGUCCCGGCUGUGCCCUCCCCAGCCCGGGCCGGUCCGCCCCCGACAAAAGCCUGCCCCGCCCCCUCGCCUCCGCCUGGUGUACGCGGGGGGAGGCGCUCCUUGCCACACGCCCACCAACCUGGCCCUUCUGCAGCAGCCUGCGGGAGCUCACAACGUCACCGUCUUCCAGGGUAUUGUUUGUGUUGGAGACGAAAUCGAAUUCAGUUCCAUGCGACGGCCCAGUUUUCCGUUUUCUUUGACGAUCUACGAAGACGGGGUAACUACGGGAAGACUCAGCGCCUGCUGCGAACACCGCUACGUCCCCGGCAGCAGGCUCGGGGGGCCUUCGGGUCAUCUGAGAGUGAUCGAAAUCGACGGCGGAGAACCCUGUCUGCGCUGCCAGUUACGAGCGGUCGAAAAGCGCCACCAAAGCCGCCGGAGGACGAGGCAGGCGAGGGCUAAGGGGUCCUCACCGCGGGCGUACACUCCGCCGGGAGAGACAGGUAGCGAAGCUGGAACAUUUGAGGAGGCUAGCACUAGCAGUGGCAGCAGUAAGAGUAGCAGUAGCGGUAGCAGCACAGACGGAAGUAGCAGAAGCAGUGAUGGCAGUAGAAAAAGCGGGAGCAGGAGUAGCAGAAGUAGCAGCAGCAGAAGAAGCAGCCAAUGCAGCUCUAGAAGGAGCAGUAGAGGAAGUGACGACAGCAAAGGGAGUAGCAGCAGAAGGAGUAGCAAAAGUAGCAAUGAUAGUGAAGGGAGUGGCAGCAGAAGCUCUGGCGACGAGAGAAGCAAGAGUAGUAGCAGCAGCCAGGACACUGUCGUGAGCAAGGGCCAAGAAUCAAGUCAAGAAGAUGAAGAAGAGGACAUCAAAAACGAGGUGGAACACGAAUCAGACGAGGACGCCAGCAGAACGAGCAGCACCAGCUCCUCCUCCGACAUUGAAACGGGAAGCAACUACAGUCUUCACGUGCGAUCGAUGAGGAAAGAUCGCAGAUUCCUACGACAAGAUUCUCCGGAUUCUUGCAAUGGCCCUUCCGAUGUGGAAGUCGCAGCAGCUCUUGGGGUGACAGUCACCCCGCCAGAGCCUCGCAGCGGGUCCCGGUCGCAGCAAAUCUCGCCGGCGAGCAGCAGAAGGCAGUCGAGCGGCCGUGAGAGCACCUCCAGCCGUCGACAGCGUUUAUCUUCUGGGAGUCGAGGUUACAGCAGGAAGUCAAGUAGUAUGGAAGAGAAGAUAGACUCCAGUCGCCUAUCGAGUCGCAGCCGCAGGCAAUCAGUGUAUUUAUCUACAAGUUUGGAUUAUCAAGUAAGUGAUGAAGUAGAAGAUCCGUUUGAGGGAAACAGUGAUCGAAGUCAACAAGGAUCUCCCAGAUGUCAUCUAAGCUCAGUCGAAAGUCGACCUGGGACUUCCAAAAGUCAGAGAAGCCUUGCAGAGAGUCGCCAAAAUUCCACCAGUAGUCAAGGAAAUCGUCCAGAAUCUUCCAGAAGUCACGAAAGCCUUGCAGGGAGCCGCAAAGAUUCCAGGGGCAGCCAGGAAAGUCGACCAGGGACUUCCAGGAGUCAAAGAAGUCGCGCAGAAAGCCGCCAGAAUUCAGAAAGCCGUCCAGAAUCUUCCCAAAGCCUCAGAAGUCUCGCAGAAAAUCGCCAGAAUUCCAACAGCCAAGAAAAUCGUCCAGAAUCUUCCAGAAGUCAGGGAAAUCUUGCUGAAAGUCGCAAAAAUUCCAGAACCAGCUUAGACAGUCGUCCUGGAACCUCUAAGAGUCAAAGAAGCAUAUCUGAAAAUCGCCAAGAUUCUAACAUCAGCCAAGAAGUCCGUCCAGAAUCUUCUAAAAGUCACAGUCUUGGGGGAAGUCGCCAGAAUUCUAGUGACAAUCUAGAAGUCCGCCCAGAAUCCCCUGGAAACCACAGAAGCCUUGUACAGAGUCGCCAGAAUUCCAGCAAAAGCCCGGAAAGCCGUCCAGAAUCCUCCAGGAGUCACAGAAGCCUUCCAGAAAGCCGCAAGAAUUCCAAGGGCAGCUUCGAAAAUCGACCAGGAACGUCAAAAAGCCAGAGAAGCUCAGCGAGAAGCCGUCAGAAUUCGAGCAGCAGUCACGAAAACCCCCCAGACUCUUCCAGGAGUCACAGAAAUCUUGCAGAGAGCUUCCAAAAUACCAGUAUCAGCAUGGAAGAUCAUACAGAACCUUCAGGAAGUCACGGAAAUCUCGCUAAAAGUUAUCAGGGUUUGAGUAACAGUCAAGAAAGUCGUCCAAGUUCUUCUAGAAGUCACAAAAGUCGUCCAAGUUCUUCUAGAAGUCACAAAAGUCUCGCAGAAAGUCGUCAGAAUUCAAACAGCAGCCAAGGAAAUCAUCCGGAUUCAUCAGCAACUAACAAGAGUCUAACAGAAAGCCGUAAGAAUUCCUGUAACAGUUUAGAAGGUCAAGGUCUUGCAGAAAGUCGCAAAAAUUCCAGAGCAAGCUUGGAAAGUCGACCAGGAACCUCCAAGAGUCAAAGAAGCCUUGCAGAAAGUCGCCACAGUUCAAGAAAUAGCCAAGAAAAUUAUCCAGAAUCUUCCAGAAGCCGAGGAAGCCUUGCUAGAAGCCGCACAGCUUCGAGAGAGAGCUUGGAAAACCGGCCAGGUACUUCGAAGAGUCGAAGAAGCUCUACAGAAAGCCGAAGACAUUCUAACAAGAGCUUGGAAAGUCGCCCGGGAUCUUCCAAGAGUCACAGAAGCACCUCAGAAAAUCGUAAGGAUUCCAGCGACAGGCUUCAGAGUCGACCCAGCACUUCUGGCAGCCAAAGAAGCCAUGCUAGCCGAAGCCAAGCUAGUCGCCCAGGUUCUUCCAAAAGCCAGAGGAAGAGUCAGUCUGAAAUUGAAAGCCCUAAAAGAGGCAUCGGAAUCAGCGAUCCGUCUGAUGAGGCAGAGCUGGCUGGGAUUGCCACCGGGGAAGACUCCUAUGAGAGCUCGUUUGAGGAGGAAGAAAGUUCGGCCGAAGGCAAGCAAGCGGGAGAAAGCAAAGAGAAAAGAGAGAGUGAGGAGGACAUCAGGGAUGAAAUCAGUGAGACGGAAAUUGAGGAAGAAAAAAAGGUCGAUGAGAGCGAAGUUGAAACAGAAGACGAGUGUGCCGAAAUAGUUGAUGAAGUUGAAAAAGUCGAUGAAGGAAAAGGCGACUUAGAAACAGAUGCAAAAGAAGAGCCUAAAGAAACUGAUAUUGAGGAAGAGAUGGAAUCUGAAGAAAAUUUUAUCUCACGAAGACGAAUUGAGACUUUAGACCGAAACCAACAGAGGCAAAAAAGCUGUUAUCUCAAGCAGUGCACCAAACCAUUCAGAGCAUCUACACGCAAUCAUACUGGUUAA